AUGAAAUCUCCAGAUCCAUACCAGUCCACUCAAUACCUCAAAAAAUUGAUCGAAGCCUGUGAAGGUUGGCUCAGGACUCCGGAAGAGAACAUCGAUAACCCUCAUGUCAGAAUACAACUCAAGCUGGUGAUCGCAAUGCUCAAGUUCCAGACCAAGACUUCAACUCCGCUGAUCCACCAUAUCACCAACACCGUCGUCCAGAACGAUUGUGCAAAUUUAGUGUUGGCUUAUGGCUGCUCGCCAAUAAUGUCAUCAAACCCGAGUGAAAUGGAAGACUUGAUCAAAGUCAAAGGCGGCUCUUUAGUCCUCAAUCUUGGUACUUUCGAUGAUCACCAAGUACAUGCGAUGAGAGUAGCAGGCUGGCAAGCAAACCUCACAGGAAAGCCGGUCAUCUUUGAUCCCGUUGGCGUCGGUGCUAGUCAAGAAAGGAAAAAGAAGGCGAGGGAACUUUUAAACACCGUCCAAAUGUCUGUCAUCAAGGGGAACCAAGCCGAAAUUGCCACCUUGGCAAGAUUCAGUAGCAGUGGCGUUAGCUCCUGUGGGGUGGAUUCAAAUGGCGAAGUAGAAGCACCAGACCUGCUGGUUAAACACCUGGCGCGACAAGAACUUUGUGUUGUUGUGAUGACUGGUAAGACAGAUUGGAUCUCGGAUGGAAAACAUGUAUUCCGCCUUGAUAAUGGUGUCAGCGAUCUUUCCGGUAUCACAGGGAGUGGGUGUAUGAUAGGAACUUCAAUUGGUUGUUUUGCAUCCAUGACCCAACCAGACGUCGACAGAGACACCCGCUCAGGCUUGCUUUCCAAUUUGACAGAUAUACACCACGAUUUGGGCGACAUAUUAAUUGCAUCCAUUCUGGGAAUCUCUAUGAUCAAUGUGGUAGCUGAAAUGAUACAUGAAACGGAAAAAGAAAAUUCAGAGUAUGGCCCACUCAGCUUAAAAACAAAAAUUAUGGAUCACAUAACCAAAGGCAGAAAAAACGAGCACUUCUGGCGAGCAGUUCAUGGAGACUUCAAAAUGCGCUCAGAAUUUUUUCAUGAUGAUGAAAUCAGACAGAUUCUGGAAUGA